UCUAACGAGGGUCUUGUUUGCAAACGACAUUGGAAAACUGCAACAAUUGUUUUCUCCCCUGCAGACAAAGCCGAAAACCCCAAGAAAACAGAGCCGGAAGAAGAAGAAGUUGAUAUCGAUUUAAAUGCCCCCGAAACGGAGAAGGCCGCUCUCGCCAUCCAGGGGAAAUUCCGACGUUUCCAAAAACGGAAGCAGGAUCCCAGUUCCUGAGCCUUUCGGAAGUCUUCCCACCUCGCCUUGACGCGCUUUUCCUUCUCCUGCCCCCCCCCCCCAAAACCCCGCCGCGAUUCCAUUUUCCUCUCUUCCCACCACGACGAAGGGGGGUGGUGUCCUCUGAUCUUCAAUUAAUUUUAAUUUUUGCACGUCCUGGGAAAAUGGUCAAAGCAGAGGAAGGGAGGGGAUGGGGUGAGGUGAGUGGAAGGGGGUGCUGAGCACACACAGGCCUUCCACUCUGCUUCACCGGAAGCCACCGAGAGAUGUCGUUCAGUCCCCGACUUACGACUGGUCGUGUCUUAUCAUCAAGGGAGGGGUUGUUACUCUAUAAAUGGAGGGUUGAGAUUUUAAUCUUCCGUUUAGGAGAUUGGGAAAACAGUUCCCACACUUUGAUGCCAACUUCUACAGCGCCACAUGGAAGGGAAAUUAUUUUUUCCCGCCCUGCGAGGUUGGUUCGCUAAAAUUCUUCAAACCUUGCUAUAAAGUUUUAAAUCCUUUGGGUACCCGCCAAAAACCCCUUGCAUAAUUGCGAAAACGGAAAAUUUGCGAGCCACGUCCAAGUUCCAUUCGCAAGCUAGGAUUUGAAAACGGGUCCGUUUUGUGUCCCAAUGUGGUCGCCAAAUAUUUCCUUCCCUGCCUGACCGAGGAUUCUAGGACAACUCUCCGCGGCCAACCCAACUUGCCGCGGGACAAUUCAACGCCGCAUUCAUCAUUUCAUUCAGUGACUUUGUUUUCUUAAUGGCGACCACGCUGUCAUCCCAAUCGUCGUGAUUCUUGCAUUUCCGGUUUGACGUCCUUCACGUGGUUAUUACUGGCUGCGGUUCCAUCAAAAUUAAGUUAACUUUCGUAUUUUGUUGGAUUGUCUUGUGACGAGUUGCCCCCGUGGCAAGUUAGCCGUAGUCGGUCGUCCCAUUCCAUUGACCGAAGGCCUCCUAAAAAUCCUGGCAAAUUCAUUCAAAGAACGAAAAGCAUCGAUGCAGGGGAAAUAUUCACUUGAAAUUCUAAAGUAAACCCCGUUUCGAAACGAGAAAAUCGAGCAACGAGGCUCAAUGCCAACAUGUUGGAAAGAGGGGAAAUGUGAUGAUGGGAUCCCACUUUUCUCAAGAGCCAACCUCGCACAAGAGGCACCUGUCUUUUGCACCGAUAAGAGUGAAACCGUGAGCAAGAUUGGGAGCUCCCACCCACGGAAACAUUUUUGUGAGUCCGAUAUGCUUUCUACGAAGUCAGCUUCAAGCCAUUCUUCGCCAAAAGAACAUCCAAGUGUUACUACCAAACUCCGUGUCCAUCCUACAUGGUCACCAGAUCUCAGCACCCCAGAUUCUCUGUCCAUUCACCCACAAAAAGGGCUGCUAGCUACAAAGCCAUGCUUCCCUCCUCAGGGCCCAGUUUAUUAUGAGCCAAGAAAAUAAACAAGAACAAGCCGAAAUCUAUCCGUCAACGUCACGCACACAUUUUCCCCCAACCCCACUUAGCUGCCUCACAGCCAUUCCACUUCUGGGCCAGUG